GCUGGUCGGGAGAAGAGGAAAAGAAGUUUUGAGACUUUUCCGCUGCUGCUGGGAGCUGGAGGCGCGGGGACCGCUUGGCGCGACGCCGCCCCUCGAGGAGGCAGGACUUGGGGACCCCGGACGCCCCCCCACCGCCUCGGACGCCUGCUCCCUGCCUGCCCCCUGCGCGGCGUCCUUCAGGCGGCCCUCCUCCGGACCAGCCUCGGGGAGCCGCGGACGCGGACUCCAGCAGAGCACCCAGACCUCGGGCGCACCCCCUGCCCGCCACCCUCGGCCGCCAGCCUCUCUCCUGAGCCGCUGCGCAUCCAGGACCCUCUUCUCCGGGAGCCGAGAGACGGGAUCUUUCUCGGACCGGCCUCAGCUUCCCUAUCCAAGACCACCCACCUCUGGGACCAGAUCUCGCCCAUCUCGGUUUUUUUCGCGGGAUACGGAGAAACCACCGAUCAGAGACUCCCCUCCACCUUCGAUCCACCUCCGCUCCGUUCGCCCUGAGGGCCUCAGCUCCCCCUCACCCCCACCCCAACCCUCCUACCUUGCCUCGGGAGACUCCCCGGCCCCUGUAGGGGCGGGGCCUCCCUCUUUUUACCGCAGCCUGUUCGCGCUCCCCGCAGUGCCAAGGGCGCCGCCUCCCCCAUGCCGCCCUCGGGACUGCGGCUCCUGCCGCUGCUCCUGCCGCUGCUGUGGCUACUAGUGCUGACGCCCGGCAGGCCGGCCGCCGGACUAUCCACCUGCAAGACCAUCGACAUGGAACUGGUGAAGCGGAAGCGCAUCGAGGCCAUCCGCGGCCAGAUCCUGUCCAAGCUGCGGCUCUCCAGCCCCCCGAGCCACGGAGAGGUGCCGCCCGGCCCGCUGCCCGAGGCCGUGCUGGCCCUUUACAACAGCACCCGCCACCAGGUGGCCGGGGAGAGCGCCAGGCAGGAGCCCGAGCCUGAGACGGACUACUACGCUAAGGAGGUCACCCGCGUGCUCAUGGUGGAAAACAACGACGAAGUCUACAAUAAAGUCAAGCAAACCCCACACAGCAUAUAUAUGCUCUUCAACACAUCGGAGCUCCGAGAGGCUGUGCCCGAGCCUGUGUUGCUCUCCCGGGCAGAGCUGCGCCUGCUGAAACUCAAGUUAAAAGUAGAGCAGCACGUGGAGCUGUACCAGUUAUACAGCAACAAUUCCUGGCGCUACCUCAGUAACCGGCUGCUGGGUCCCAGCGACACGCCAGAGUGGCUGUCCUUUGAUGUCACUGGAGUCGUGCAGCAGUGGCUGAAACACGGAGGGAAGAUAGAGGGCUUUCGCCUCAGUGCCCACUGCUCCUGUGACAGCACUGAUAACACACUCCAAGUGGACAUUAACGCAGGGUUCGGUUCCAGCCGCCGGGGUGACUUGGCCACCAUUCAAGGCAUGAACCGGCCCUUUCUGCUCCUCAUGGCCACCCCGCUGGAGAGGGCGCAGCACCUGCACAGCUCCAGACACCGCCGAGACCUGGACACCAACUACUGCUUCAGCUCCACAGAGAAGAACUGCUGUGUGCGGCAGCUCUACAUUGACUUCCGCAAGGACCUGGGCUGGAAGUGGAUCCACGAGCCCAAAGGCUACCACGCCAACUUCUGCCUGGGGCCCUGCCCCUACAUUUGGAGCCUGGACACACAGUACAGCAGGGUCCUGGCGCUGUACAACCAGCACAACCCGGGCGCGUCGGCGGCGCCGUGCUGCGUGCCGCAGGCCCUGGAGCCGCUGCCCAUCGUGUACUACGUGGGCCGCAAGGCCAAAGUGGAGCAGCUGUCCAACAUGAUCGUGCGCUCCUGCAAAUGCAGCUGAGGCCCGGCCCCGCCCCGCAGGCCCCGCCCCCGGCAGGCCCGGCCCCGCCCCCCGCCCGCAUGCCGGGCUGUAUUUAAGGACACAUGCCCCAAGGCCACCUGGGGGUCCAUUAAAGCUGGAGAGAGGACUGGG